UUGUUUGGAGGUUGAAAAGUAUUACUAGUAAGUAGUAACAAAAAUCUCGCCAUUUAUUGCAACAGCAAUCAUCUGAUUUAUGUCUUAUCAACUUAUCUUAUCUCCCCAAAACUCUCUGUAUGCUUCAUCAAUUGGAGUCUUCAUUUUUCAUUAUGGAUGGAUAUGAUCAUUUUCUUGUUGUCGGAUGAGAAAUUCGUACGUAGCUUACUGCUAGUUACUUACUUAAUAAAUUUAAUGCUUUCCUACAUGAUGAACCAUUUUAAUUAUUUCGGUAUUAAAAUAAUUUUAUAUCGAAUAUUACGGAAUGCAUGUGCUCUUUCUUUAUAAACAAAACCUAGAGCGUCUCCGUCUCUCUCACUAAAAUUCUCCACUGCUCUCACAUUCUCUCUCUCUCUCUCUCUCUCUAGACACUAAUACACCACUGUGAGAGAUUGUGAUGGAGAUAAGGUAUUGGCGGAGGAGGUCGAGAGGAUACCAAAGGCUAGAUGGGUCGGUCAAGAAGGCCACAUCGGGUCGAAGAAAUGUGCAGCGGGUCAACAUGGAUCCGACCCGGAAGAGACGGUUUUGGAGGGUCAAGAUAGUGCCGAAGCUAAGGAUCUUGAAAAGGGCGUCGCCUAAGAAGCUUCUUACCUGGCUUCGAGAUGCUUACGUCAACAUGAUGCUGCGCCUCGCCAACUCUCGGGUCGUCGGGUCAUCUUACGGGUACGGCGAAUAUGGCUACGGGCCGGGUUUGGCGUCCAAGGAGUAUGACGAGAAGAAGCUGGUUGAGAUUUACAAAUCUAUAUUGAUUGCGCAAGGGAAUCUCCUGCACCCCGAUGUAUCUAAACACUCUUCCAAUUCUAUCCUACUCUCAUCUCAUAAACCCUUAUGUAACUAAAUCCAUUCACAUAUAUAAAAUGAAAAAUUAUCGAUGUUAAUGGUGUGAUCGUGAUGAUCUGUAUUAAUUUAAACUUUAUACUCUUGUUAAGCUAUAUAUAGUGGAUCGGUCCAUCUUUUCCCAUAUAUCGAAUUAAAAUCAAGAUUUGCAUUUAA